CAGCAGCAGUAGACACAGUAAUAGCAGUAACAUCAAUCAGCAGCUCCUGGGCCAGUUGGCAACAGUCCAUCAUCUCGCUCGCAUCGCUUCCCGAAAGUCAUUCGACGUAGUGUCGUUGCUCACCCGUGGAGUGAACGGAGCGCGAUAGCGGCUGCUUUCGAUUAUCCUACACUUCCACUUCCUCAGACUCAGCGCUAUCGCCACUCGUCAUCCAGAGUCGGGCUGAGGAACAUCCGGGAGAGACGAGGACCUCGAUCAAAGAGACCGAAUAUUUGGAGCGACCAAGUGAGGCCCUGCGGACGGGGAGCCAUGGGGCCCGAGUCAAACAUUUGACCCACUGCUGGCGACUUCGCGGCUCGGUGUCCAGGAGAUCGGCGCUGGCCCUGCGCUUCGUUCUCCCGAUCGAAAUGCACUGCCUAGGCGCCGGCACUGUCGGCCAGUCGAGCCCUAACGGCAUCGGCAGUGCUUUGAGCGUUGUCCGAGCUCUUGGUAUCCUCGUCUGCGAGGGCAGGAUACAAGGGCUGCCGCGGGGCUACAAGGAGGGUCCGCACUGCGUGCCCGCUCUCCAAGUCUCUGCCAACAACCACGUCUGCGACAAGGACAACUAUUUGUGCGACAGAUACCUAGUGCUCGUCCGCGAGAUAACGGAGCGGGUCGCCAUCGGCUCGUACCUCUGCGUGGAGGUCGUCCUCUGCAGCGACUGCCCUUGCGGCCUCAUUAAGUCGAAGAGCAAACACCGGGUGCUGAGCGUGCCCUUGUUAACGUCAUGGCAGCACUCGUCGGAGAUGCUCUUGGAGUAUUGGUGCAUCGGCGUCGUAGCAAGCAAAAGCCCGGAGACGAUGAACUCGCAGGGCCUUUAUCAAGCCGUGCGCUCGCGGCUCCACUUCAGCCAGGUGGCGGCCUGGUGGUCGCGGACCAACGGCGCCAGGCCCAGUUACGUCGCAACGAGGAUCGUCCAGCACAGCCCCGGCGACGAGCACCUCAGGAAGUUUCGCGAGACACCCGUCGAGCAUACCUUCCCCCUCGCCAGCCUCGGCGACGGCAACUCACUGGAGGUGAGUGUGUGGGCCCUACCGAGGAUGGAGGAUAUCCCUCGUUUGCAGUGUCCACUGCAUCCCCUGCAGCCCGAGGAUGCAAACGAUGGCUCCGCACGGUCGGCCCUCCCGGCUAAGCUCCUCAUCCCCACAGACGGCGGCCAAAGUCCCUCCUCCAGUGCCAUCGGCGAUGGUAAAUCGGGGAAAGGCCCUGCGCCGUUGCCGAACAAUGCCGCCACUGGCGAGAGCUUCGUCUACUACAUGAGUUCCUUUCGCUCGGCAGACUUGCUUGACGAUCGACUGCAGAUCCCUUGCGACAAGCCCGGCAAGCAUCACUGCCGUUGCGCCGAGGAGGAGGAUGAGGUCGAGGUCGAGGUGAUCCCGAGUGGCACGGUCCUGGGCCUUCCGAGACCAGCCAGCGAGCGCAAGCGACGCCGAUCGCUCCCCUGCGGGCCACCCGACCCUGGCAUCGCAACGGCACCCGAGCAGCCGACCCUCCCGGCCCUGAGGGAGGCCAUACCGCCCAGCUCGGAUCCGGGCCUCGACGGCCUCGCUCGCCGCUUCCGAGCCCAGCUGAGCAUCGACGAGCGCCAGGAGAAGCGCUAUAAGCGAGCCGCGGCUCCACCCGACGACGCUACUUUCGUGCCUUCGCUCGCGCCCUGGCUCACGUACGGCUCCGAGGUCGUCGUCGGGCUUGGUGUUGGUGGUGUCGUUGGCAAGGCACCCGUUAACCUCGUACUCAAUCCACUCUGCGGGCCCGACGGACUACUAAAAACGGCGGCCCCGAUUUCGGGCGUUUGCGCCACUGCGCCUACAAGCAACGUCCUCGCCACCACGAGCCACGUGGCCACGAUCGUCGCCCCACCGGCCACCCCUAACAGCACCCCAACUAUCAUCGCGACCAACACUAUCAACACUACCAACGUCAUGAUUCCCAACGCAGUCGUAAUAGCCACAACCACCGCCACCGCUACCACCACUGCCAACGUCGCCAUCAUCACCACCAAAUCCACCACCCCACCGCUAUUCAUUGCCAAGAGUAAAACUGGCGGUAGCGAUACUACUCGUUACGGCAAAGGCAACGGCAACGGCAACGGCAACGGCAACGGCAACGGCAACGGUAACGGCGGCGACGGCGAUGGCGAUGGACACAGUCGCAACAAAAGCAAUGGCAGCAGCAACGGUAAUAGCGGCGUCGGCGGCGGCGGUUGCGGCAGAGGCGGUGGCGAUUACAGCGACAGCACCAGUAACACCAACACUAGCAUCAGCAGCACCAACGGCAACAAUAAAAUGAGCAGUUGCAGUAGCAGCAGCGACGACGGCGAUGGCGAUGGCAAUAACAACAACGACAGCCGCAGUCGUGAUAGUGGCACCGGCAUCAUCACCAAUACCAACCACCAGCACCACACCAGCACCAGCACCAGCACCCGCACCAGCAUCAGCACCAACGCCAACACCAACGCCAACACCAACAUUAACAUCAACAUCAGCACCAUGACCACCACCAGCACAACCAGCACCACUGCUGAUGCCAGUACCAACACCACCACCAUCAUCACCAAUACGACUGUAAGUCCAGGUGGUGAUCGAGACCUAGAUCGACUCGUCUCCAAGCUCUCGUUCGCACAGGAGCGCGAGACUGUCGACCCCAACGGAUGCGCCGUUCUCGAUUGGAUCACACCCGCCGUCCCAGCCAAGUGCGAGCUUCGCUCGCGCAAUUGUAGCCUCGAGUUGAGCCCCCGAGAGUUCGACGAGGUACUCGCUGUACUGAGAGCACGGACGCCACUCGGGAAACGCCGCGCCGCUAAGCGCCGUGAAAAGCUAAUCGAGGCCCAGCAUCAGCAUCAGUAUCAGUGCCAACAGUACCAGCAUCAUUACCAGCACCAGCACCAGUACCAGUACCAAUACCAGCACCAGCACCAGCACCAUCACCAGCAUCAGCACAAGCACCAGCACCAGCACCAGCAAUUGUUUAAGCAGCGGCAGCCUAGUCCUCAGUCAGAUCCGCGCGCUAAACGGAGGAUCGAGUUCGCGGUGGGUCGGCCCGUGGAGGCGCACGAGGCCGAGGAUGAGGCCGAAGCCGAGGACGAGGAGGAGGCCGAGGAGGAGAUCCACGGGACGGCAUUCCAUAGUACAAACGGCGAGAAGCGGCUCGGCUGCCGCGGCCUCGAGCGUCGGCGCCUCGAGGAGAGGAGUAACAAGAAGUCGCGCGGCAGACGCGAUCUUUCGCCAGUGUGGCUCGGCCAGGCCAAUGGCGACGGCGACGGCGAGGACACGAGUCUUCGCGUGGUUGCCGCCGAAGUCGGCAUGGGAGGCAGAGAGCUGGACACCGGAGAGACCGUCGAUAGGACCCUCGUACCCUCGGCCAAGGACCAAGAGAGAUUCAGGCGGUCGCUCGAGAACGCCGCGUCGAUGGUGUUUCACAGUCGAACCGGACUGCCCCUCACGUCGAGUCCUGCACCUCUGAGACGCGGUAGCUGCUGCUUCGACUUUGACAGCAGUCUCAACAGCGUCUCGUCCAAACGAAGUGCGCUCUUUGAAUUAAGUACACCACCGAGUCCCGGCGCCGUGUCGCUCGAAGAAGGCGACCGGGAGGCCGAAAGCGCUUGCGACACCGAAGAAGUUCCAAGGAGACGCUCGACAUCCCGCAGCAGACCUCAGAGUCACGCUCUAUUAGGAAGCUUCGAGGAGUCGGCGCUCAACGGUAGAUUAGAGCCAGUCUCGACGGUGCACGGAUUUACCGCCGAAAUUGGAGCCAGUGGAUCUUUUUGCCCGAAACAUCGAAAGCUUCCGGUCACUGUCUUUUUUUAUACGCUUGGCGAUAAUGACAAAAUUUCAUCUCCCUAUCUCGCUCACAUAAAUCUCGGGAAAAAAGGAUACCAAGUACCAAGAAUGGGUACGAUUCAAGUUACCCUCUUGAAUCCAUUGGGCACGGUUGUCAAAAUGUUCGUCGUACUUUACGAUCUCACCGAUAUGCCAGAAAGAUCUCACACGUUUUUGCGUCAGCGAACCCUACGCGAUAAGAUGUUACGCUACCUCAUUCACCUCAGAUUUAUGUCCAACAAAUCCGGGCGGAUUUACCUGCACACGGACGUAAGGAUGAUCAUAUGCCGGAAGUCGGAUGUUGACACGGCGUCUGACUUUGGCUCGGAGCCGCCGAAGGAGCUGCGCAGCUACAUUCACGGGCCUACGAAUCCAAAAUUUUCGCCAAGGUGCUGAGUCACGUGGCUCUUCCCCUGGAGUUGCUGUCAGCCGCUGCAUCCGCCGAGUCCUCCGCCCGUCUACGUCUAACGAGCGCAUCUUUG